UCACUUUCAUAUUUUCUGCUGCGUCUCAAGAGCUAGGUCGUCCGUGACAGAGAAUUUUUGUAAAAACACCCGAUCUGGCUGUGUGACAAAUACCACUGCGUCAGCACUUCAGCGAGAUGAGGCGAGCUGUAUCCAAUCUGACCAGGUUUUGCGGGGGGUCGGGAUUUAUUACGCCGGGGAGGGCUCCUAGGACGGCGACAGUUGUGAUGUCGGUUUCCAGGCUGUCCAGCACCAGCAGUGGACGGCUGGAUGUGAGCGGGAUCUACCCUCCCAUAGCCACCCCGUUCAACAAGGACGAGAGUAUUGCCUUCGACAAGCUGACCGAAAACAUGCAGAAGUGGAACAAGAUAGCGUUUGGGGGGUAUGUAGUCCAAGGAUCCAAUGGGGAGUAUGUAUACCAAACAGCCGAGGAGAGGAUCAAAGUGGUGGAACACGUCGUCAAAGCUGCCGCCCCGGGCAAGGUCAUUCUGGCGGGGUCUGGGUGUGAAUCUACCAGAGAUACCAUAGAGAUGACCAAUCGGAUGGCAGAUGUAGGAGCCGACGCUGCCCUUGUCGUAACCCCUAGUUAUUACAAGGGUGGCAUGCACAACAGGGCACUGAUCAGCCAUUUCACUAAGGUUGCUGAUGACAGUAAGAUACCUAUACUGCUGUACAGCGUUCCCGGUAACACUGGCAUUGACCUUGACCCUGAGGUCAUUAUUGUCCUAUCAUGUCAUCCCAACAUAAUCGGUCUGAAGGACAGUGGGGGAGAUAUUGCAAAGCUAGCCCACCUGGUUAUAAGCACCCAGAGUAAUGACUUCCAAAUCAUGGCAGGGUCUGCUGGCUUCUUACUCCCUGCAUAUCUCAUAGGUUGUGUGGGUGGGGUGUGUGGAGCGGCCAACAUGUUGGGACAAGAACUCUGUGAUCUGGAGCAGCUGUACAAACAGGGGAAACUGAAGGAGGCCACAAACCUACAGCAGAGGAUCGUGGCUCCUAAUGCCUGUGUAACCAAGAGGUUCGGAGUACCAGGCCUGAAGGUUGCUAUGGAGUGGUUUGGUUACUAUGGAGGACCAGUCAGGUCACCAUUACAGCCAAUCACAAGCGAGCAGGAGGAGAUAAUGCAGACCGUGUUUAAAUUAUCCGGAUUUAUUCACUGACCAUGGAAGAUUUUACUGAUACAAACAUAAUACAAAUGUUGAGUUGGGUUGGGGGGCUACAUUGAUUAUGUGAGCCCUCACAGAUGAAAUACAGUUUUAUUGCAAGUUGGAACUACAUCACAGAUAUUCAAUGUUUUCUAUUUCUCAAUACAAUGUACUUCACAAAUCCUUGUAGCUGUUUUGCAAAAAAAAAAUGCGAAACAGUUACACUGGCCUUUGUUGUGUACCUGUAUCUUGAGAAAAUUGCACAUAUUAGGUUAUGGGUAGCAAUGGUUAUAUUGAAUAUAGAAAUCACUUUAAUUCUAUCUUUAUUGAGUUGUAUACUGAGAAUACGCUGCUAAAUGUAACAAUAUUUUGUAUAAUACAAAUGUUAUGUACUUCAUGAAUCAAUACACUGUACAUAUAGUGUUGUAUAUAUUAUAUGCAAGUAUAUUACAGAUAUAUUUUGAUAACUUUUUUAAGGAAAAUUAUGCAUUGAUAGAGGUCUUUGGUUAUAAAAAUAAGUUUAUGGAUUAUUACAUUUUCUUUUUAUACAUUUACAAUUUUAUCUAAUUUAUCAAUGGUUUUUUUGUACAGUAAAGCACGGUUAUAACGAAGCGCCAGGGAUGGGCAAUAUUGCUUCGUUAAAAGCGUAAUUCGUUAUAUCCGUCAAGUUCACAACAUGUAAUAUAGUCACCGGGAAUGAAAAUCACUUCGCUGUGAGCGUCUAUUCUUUUUAAGCGUGUUCGCUAUAACCGUGUUUUACUGUAUGUGAAUUCAAAGAAAUGUGUUUAUAUACCAGGUCCAAAUAAAUAUUUUGGAGACAU